CAUGCUUCACCAACAAUCAAAGUUCACAAACAAAAGCCAAUUUUCAACCAUGAAAAUGCUUAAAUCCGUUCUCAUCGUCUUCUUCUUGGUUUUCUUGAAUGGGGCAUUUUCUUCUCCUCCACCUGAUCCCAUCAAGUGCAAAUCCGGCAACACAGAUUGCACCAUCACAAACGCCUACGGCACCUUCCCUGACCGGAGCACCUGCCGAGCAUCCCGAGUGCUGUACCCAACCACCGAGCAAGAGCUUAUUUCCAUGGUGGCUUCAGCAUCAAAAUCCAACACCAAAGUGAAAGCAGCCACCAGACAUUCCCACAGCAUCCCCAAGCUUGCUUGCCCUGGAGGCCAAAAUGGGAUCAUCAUAAGCACCAAAAAGCUCAACCACGUCGUGAAGGUCGAUGUGGAGAGCAGAAGGAUGACGGUAGAGAGCGGCAUUCUUGUGAGAGACCUGAUAAAUGAGGCGGCGAGGAAUGGGUUGGCUCUGCCGCAUACGCCGUACUGGUGGGGAUUAACGGUGGCGGGACUGUUGGCGACGGGGGCUCAUGGGAGCUCGCUGUGGGGAAAGGGAGGCGCGGUUCAUGAGUAUGUGGUGUCGAUGAGGAUUGUGACGCCUGCGACGGCUGAAGAAGGGUAUGCCAAGGUGAGGAGCCUAUCCGAGUCUGACGAAGAACUCAAUGCCGCCAAGGUUUCCAUUGGGGUUCUCGGGGUUGUUUCUCAGGUAACCUUACAAUUAGAACCAUUGUUUAAAAGAUCCAUUACGUACGUGAUGAAGAAGGAUUCAAAUUUGGGAGAGGAAGUGCUUAGAUUUGGGAAAGAGCACGAGUUUGGUGACGUGUCGUGGUAUCCUACGCAAAAGAUGGCAGUGUACAGAAUUGAUGAUCGAGUGCCCGUUGAUAAAUACGGAAAUGGUCUCUACGAUUCCAUCGAAUUUCGUCCCACUCCCUCUGCUCAAUUAGCUAAAAGCAGAGUCACAGAGGAACUUCAAGAAGCAACAAGGGAUGCUAAAGGAAAAUGCGUGGAUGCAGAGUCAGUGACUAUGACGGAUUUUACAUCUGCUUAUGGUUUGACUAACAACGGUACAAUCUUUACUGGGUACCCCGUGAUUGGACAGAACAAUCGCAUGCAGUCGAGUGGGACAUGCCUAGAUAGUAAAGAAGACGCAUUGCUCACCAUAUGCCCCUUUGAUUCCAGACUCAAACUUCGGUUCUUUCAUGAAACAGCCUUCACCAUUUCCUUGUCCAAUGUUCCAAGCUUCAUUAAAGAUGUGGAGAAGCUACUUGAAUUAGAGCCACAGGCACUCUGUGGAUUAGAGCUCUACGGUGGCUUCCUCAUGCGCUAUAUCAAAGCUUCAAGUGCUUACCUGGGAAGAACAGAGGAUUCUCUGGAUUUUGAUUUCCUCUACUAUAAAAGCAAGGACCCGUUAAAUCCUAGGCUUUUCGAGAACAUUUUUGAGGAGAUUGAGCAGAUAGGGCUGUUCAAAUAUGGAGCGUUACCCCACUGGGGAAAGAAUAGGAAUGUAGCAUUCAAGGGAGUGAUCAAGAAGUAUCCAAAUGCUGACAAGUUUUUAAGUGUGAAAAGAAAGUAUGACCCACAAGGGAUUUUCUCUAACGAGUGGACAGAUCAGAUUCUAGGGUCAAAAGAAGGCGUAAUGAUAUUGAAAGAUGGGUGUGCUCUUGAAGGUUUGUGCAUUUGCUCAGAAGAUCGUCAUUGUGCUCCAGCCAAGAAAUAUUAUUGCAAGCCUGGCAAGGUUUAUAAGGAAGCUAGAGUCUGCACUUUCGAAGUCUGAGACUGAUGUAAAGGAAAAGCUUUGAUGGAAGGAUGCUUCAAAUCAAAGGGCUUUUCAUUGUGUGAUAUUUCAUAUUUGAGAUAUUUCUGAUCAUCUUUUGUUGUGGAAUAAUGCAAUGUGGUUUCUAAUAUUGCGUGUUAAUUCAAUAAGAGAACUAUACAUGAUUCUCUGUAA